GUUAUAGGCCAACGACCGUUCUACAUUUAUGCUAUUUUUCGAGGCAGAGUUAAAAAGUACGACACCGCCUUUGGCAGACCGGCCCGUUUACUCACAACCAUUUCGGGUUAUUCAAAGAGCCGCCCGACUCGUUACGAAACUCUUCUCAAUUUCCCAGAGCCACACUGUUCGUCCGAAUUCCUCAGAAACCCCAAAAGAAACAUACAUGCACGCCAUGGAGCAGGGAGAUUUCGAUCGGAUACUCUUCUUCGAACAGGCCCGCAAAGCCGCCGAGGCUACCUACGCUAAGAACCCUCUCGAUGCUGAUAACUUGACGAGGUGGGGAGGAGUACUGUUAGAGUUGUCUCAAUUUCAGAGCGUUCCUGAUUCGAAAAAGAUGAUUCAAGAUGCAAUUUCAAAGCUGGAGGAAGCAUUGCUGGUUAAUCCCAUGAAGCAUGAUGCUCUUUGGUGCCUAGGAAAUGCUCACACUUCUUAUGCAUUUUUGACACCAGACCAGGAUGAGGCAAAGGUUUAUUUUGACAAGGCAGCUUUCAACUAUCAGCAAGCGGUCGAUGAGGAUCCAGGGAAUGAUCUUUAUCGCAAGUCCUUGGAAGUUACUGCCAAGGCCCCUGAAUUGCACAUGGAAAUUCAUAAGCAUGGUUUUGCUCAACAAGCAAUGGGGGCAGCAGGACCUUCUACUUCAUCAGGUUCAAAGACUUCUUCAAAGAAAAAGAAGAGCGAUCUCAAGUAUGACAUAUUUGGAUGGAUAAUUCUUGCUGUUGGCAUUGUUGCAUGGGUGGGUUUUGCAAAAUCACAGGUUCCUCCACCUCCUCCACGAUAAGUGAGGCAUUUGCAUGCCGCCGGGGAUUUUGCACAUUUUGAGUGUUUCUGACCUGAUUUAUGCAGAAAGUUGAGGAUCAAAUCCACCUUCUCACUUUUCUCAAAAAAAAAAAAAAGUUUGAGGAUCAAAUCUAAUCCAUCCUCCAUUAGUUUUUUUUUUGGUUAGCCUUAGUAACGUAUUCCAUGUACAACUGAUAAGUUAAAGUGUCUUCAAUCUUCUAUGUGAAAUAUUAAUUUUUCUCCCCAAAUUAGUGGUUGAGCCGCUAUGGAUGUUUUCAUUGGGAUACAGCUUUAGUAUUUCCUUUUUGUCUUGGUUUGUUUCAGCAGAAAAUCUUUAUGGAAAAUGUUUCUGUAA